AUGACUUCCCAGACUAGCCCUUCCAUGCUAGCUAGCAACCUUGAUAUAUUCACGGCACAUAUCCUCAACGCUGCACUGCUUUCGAGAGAUCUGGAUCGCACUGAAGACAGACCAAGAAUAUUUCGGGAAUUCUAUACUCCUGUCCUUGCCGGAGUGGGCCAAACAGCUCCUGAUAAUCUCGCAUAA